UUCGCCGUCCUCUGCUUCGCGGCGGGGUUUGCUAGGGUUUACCUAGCGGCCAGAGGCGAGUUCGUACCUCGUAUCAAGAUACGGCGAAGUUCUUGGGUGGAGGAGGUGCCGAUUCUGAGUUCCUUCAUCGCCGGAGCAGGCGGCCGUCAGGGACUAUUCAAAGAAAAAUGGGGAGUCGAAGACAACAUAGUGUCAAGUACUUUGGUCCAAACUUGAGAAAGCCAUCCAUAAGCAAGGCACCAGGCAAACUCAAGAAAAAGUGCCUUGAACAAUUUAAGAGAACUCAGCAGUCGUUCAGGGUGGCGUAUGAUGAGCCUAGCCAUGCUAAGGCAGCGUCUCGUCCAAAUGUCUCGUCACGUUCUUCAUGGCCAAACAAAGGUACGGCUUCACCACGGGGAAAUGUCGAGAAGUCUGAGCCCUCUUUCUCUAAGACUCUCCAAAAGAAUACCCAAAAGGCUAGUCCAUCUCGCGCAGUGCCUAGCGCAAUGCCUAACAAUGGCAUUGAUUCUUUGCAAACGAAUACUACCAAGUUUAGAUCCUCUCCCUUUAUGUCAAAUAGUGGUAAUAGCUCGAGGCCAAACAAUGGCAUGGGUUAUUUGGCGAAGAAUGUGGAGUCUUACUCAAGGUUAAAUGACGUUGAAGUUCCUCCGUCAAAGAAUACAAAGAUGUCAGGAUCCUUUUACUCAAUGCCCAAUGAUGAGAUCGCUCCUCAAUCAAUGAAAGCUAGGCCCUUAUCCUCUGGGUUGAAUUGUGUGUCCGCUUCUUUGGCAAGGAACAUAGAAAAGUCUAAGCCCUCUGCAGGUUCAAAUUCCACAUUUGGUGUUUCAAAGAAAUUGUAUCCCUCUUCAAUGGUUCAGAACUCACGAAAAGAAGACCAUCCGAUGGCGAUGGAAGGUACAAAUUCCAACUCAGCUUUGAAGGGUAAAAAAGUCAUGGAAGAUAUCUCGCCCAACCUGGAGAUCAAUUUACCUGGUAAGAAACUUUCAAAUCACCAAACGGUCGAGGCAUCAUGCAUGGUUGAUUCAAUCGACGGGUGCAUUCGACUUGAUAGUAGAAAGUGCAUGUCUAGCCUUUCGGAGCAUGGAAGAACCGAUGUGUACAAAUCUAAGAGUAAGAGGAUGGAGCCGUUGUUGGAAAAAAGGUUUGAGGCACGUGGGGUCGCUAGAUUGAAAAAAUCCAUUAGUAAACUUAACAGUGAGAACACUAGCCUCAGGGAGGAUGAAAGGACCGUUGAUGACAAGUUUAAUAAGAGGAAGAGGACUGAGAAUUGUAGUCAAACAAACAAAAAGAGUAGAUUUGUAGUAAUUGAUGAUGAAGACGAUGAUGAUGGUGAUCAGAAUCUCACUGGUAGUAAAAGUGGUGCCGCUGAUUGAAAACACAGAAUUAUGGUUCCGAACCUUCGAAGCCACAUCACUAUUGUUCCCUGCCCAUCGAUGAACCUAUUUGGAGUGGAAGCAUUAAGAUAGGCAGCGGAAAAUUUGUUUCGUUGGCUGCACAUUUGUCAACCAAAUACUGUGAGAAGGUGUGGAAUUUGUCAAGAUCACUUGAGCCAGU